GUCUUCAUGACCUCCCUGGGACAGUACAAGUACAGUACGUGAGCCAGUGAGCGAGCGCUGUGUUACUCGUACCCGAGUUCGUCCCCUAACUAAAGCGGGCUGAGGGGUGUCAGUGCAGGCACUACAGUGCGAGAGGCGAGUCUCGGGCUUAAACAAAAGGGGCUUCGAAGAGCUGCCCUUAACUCCCCUCAGUCGUUCAGCACACGGGCAAGAGGAGGGGCGACAUGCCCGCUAUAUCAGCGCCAUGAUCUCCGUUGGCGGUGACACUGUGCGAGCGCGCGCACAGCUGUUAGAAGCCGACGGCUUCGCUCAUCCCAUCGGUCGCGCGAUUGUAUCGGGGGCAACCCGGUCAUCUCCCUCCGUCCGUGAUGGAGCCGCUCGCUGACAGCUAACAACGCUGCUGCGAGCCAAGAGGCAGCGCCGAGCUCUGCGGGAACUCAGCACCACCCCGGAGCGGAGCGGAGGAAGUAAUCGCAGUCACAGUAUAUUAUUUGAAAAAAAAAAAGGUGCCGUGACAUGAGCGCGUUCGGCUCGCCCUAUCUGUACCUGGGCGGCCCGGUGUCGCAGCCGAGACCGGCCGUGCAGAGGACCCCGAAGUGCGCGCGGUGCAGGAACCACGGCGUGCUCUCGUGGCUCAAAGGGCACAAGCGCUUCUGCCGCUUCAAGGACUGCACGUGCGACAAGUGCAUCCUCAUCAUCGAGAGGCAGCGCGUCAUGGCGGCCCAGGUGGCGCUGCGCAGGCACCAGGCGAGCGAAGCCCUGGAAGGGGUCAUCCCGGAGGCUCUGCGCUCCUUUCCCGCCCGGCGGGGGCCCGGGACGGAGGAGAGCGGAGACGGGUCCGUGGCAGCGCCGCCCGCCGGGGUCACUGAGAGGAGCAACACCGCCGAGUCCGCCCUGGAUCCCAGUGGAGAUCAGUUGGAGGAGCUGUCAGAAGCAGACCAUGGUGACAACAGCAGUGACAAGGAGCAGGACCGCUCAAGUUCCCCAGAGGUGUCAAAGACCAGCUUGUGCUACAGCGUAGACACUGCUGUGGGCUCUCUUGCACAGAAGGAACCACACUACAGUCCGCAGGAAGGUAGCACAGAUACCGAGGCCCAAACAAACAGCCCCGGUUACCAUGGAGAAGAAAGCCUGGUCAUCGAGGGCCUCUCCGGCUCUGUAACCCUCCCUAUGGAUCUGAAGGCAAACCGUCCGCCGCUGGAUGUGCUGAAAAACAUUUUCCCCAGUCACAAAGUGACGGUUCUUGAGCUGAUCCUCAAGGGGUGUGGAGGAGAUCUGGUGGGAGCCAUUGAGGUGCUUCUUUCCAGUAGACCCACCUCCAAAGUGGAUAGGCCGCUCACCGAAACCACAGGCAACCUCCUUUUCCCGUCUAACAGGCAUCUCUUUGAACACACCUUGGGCUCCUAUCCCGUGUCCUCAUCUAAAUGGUCGGCGGACUCAGCUUUCAGUGUUCCUGACUCCUUGAAACUCCCAACAGAGUCCUCCAGCACACUUACCAGUCCUUUUGCUCUACCCCUGCAGCACGCCCUCUCACACACACCUCGGUAUCCACUGAUGCUAAGAAGCUCCAUGUCCCGGAACCAGGCCAACCCAUUUUUACCCAGUGACAUGACCCUAUGGAACACCAUGACGCUCCAGCACCAGUAUCAGCUCAGGUCCCAGUAUGUGUCUCCUUUCUCCGGCGCUACCAGCAGCAUCUUCGGUUCAUCCAUCCACCACCAACAUUCCGGACUCUCCAACGAACACGGGAUUACAGUGGAGGAGGAGGCCAGCCCCAGGGGACCCAAACACGCCACGUACAUAGAUGAGGACUAUGAGGGAAGAUCUGCCUCCUCCGAAUCUCGAACUCUAAACUCUUCAGCGUGACCUGUGUGAUGAACGAAAAACAGUGUUGUAUCAAAACUCCUUAAUAAAUGAAAAACUGCAAAUAAAAGCAACAAUUUUGUAUUAAAACAAUGAAACAUCUACCGCAGAAGACAACAUAUUAAACUUUGCUUAAGA